UUUCGAGUCCGCGUUGCAAAUUGUUUUCCUUCUCACCAAUCUACUUGGAAGUGGUUGUCGAUUGGCAUUUUUUUUUCUAGUUAAUUUGUGUAUUCGAGUAAAGUUUGAACUUCAUCGGACUUCAUUCGACAAUUCAAUUAUGCCACAAGAAAUUAAAGAAAUUAAAGACUUCUUGCUGAAGGCUAGGAGGAAAGAUGCAAAAUCUGUUAAGAUCAAGAAGAAUAUUGAAAAUGUAAAGUUCAAGGUACGCUGUUCAAGGUUCCUGUAUACCUUGGUCAUCACAGACAAAGAAAAGGCCGAGAAACUUAAACAAUCUUUGCCACCUGGUCUUCAAGUCAAAGAGAUAAAAUGUAAAAAGAUGAAUACAGAUGACAAGGAGAAGAAAUGAUUGAGUGACUGUGAAUAAUUGACGUUUAUAUAUAAAUAUAAUUAAUUUUAUUACACAUCA